CGCAUCGCAUCCCCCAAAACCGCAUCCUAAGCCCCCCACCAGAGCCCCAGCGAUGGCCAACCUCUCUCCCGUCAAAGCCUCUUUGAACCGCAUCGCGUUCAUCACCGGUGGCAGCCAAGGCAUCGGCCGUGCCAUCGCGAUGCGCCUCGCGCGCGACGGCUACGACAUUUCCAUCGCUGACAUUGAGCCCGCAAAGGCCAAGCUCGAUGGGGUGAUUGAAGAGAUCAAGGCGUACGGCCGCCAGGCCAUUGGUGUCUUCGCCGAUGUUAGGCAGCCUAAGCAGAUUGAGGCUGCCAUUGCCGAGACGGUCGAGAAGCUCGGCCCCCGUCUCUUCGUCAGCGUGUCCAACGCCGGCGUCACGCAGGUGAAGCCUCUGCUUGAGUGCACACCCGAGUUUAUCGAGAACGAGGUCCGCAUUAACGUGCUCGGUCUCAUGAACACCCACAUCCUUGCCGCGAAGCAGAUGGUCAAGCAGGGUACCGGCGGACGCAUCAUCGGCGCUGGUUCCAUCGCGUCCUACCGUACCGCCGAGAACCUCGCGCCGUAUGGUGCAACCAAGUUCGCCGUUCGUGGCUUCACCGAGGCGGCCGCGAAGGAGUGGGCCGAGCACGGCAUCCGUGUCAACGCGUACGGCCCCGGUAUUGUCGACACCCCUAUGUGGGACCACAUUGACCGCGAGCUAGCGGCGAUCGAGGGCAUCUCCGUGGGAGAGGCCAAGGCGAAGCGCGUCAAGCAGGACAUCAAGCUCGGGCGUAUCCAGGAGCCCGAGGACGUCGCGAAGCUCGUCUCCUUCCUCGUCUCGGACGAGGGCGAGUACAUCACGGGCCAGACGAUCAAGACCUGCGGCGGCGCGUCGCUCUAAAGAACUCGAAACUUAAGGUUGCCAUGGAACGGCGUCCGGCUUGUUGUGUGACACAAACAGGGUCUCGCCUGGAUGGAUAGAGGCGUCCGGCGAGCAGGGACGGGGCCGGCGUGCCUGCGUCUAUCAUCCGCGCUCUCGUGUGCAUUUAGGGAACACUUAUCGGUGGCAAUGUUCUGUCUUAGAAGCGUUCGUUUGUAAACGUGUAUACUAGUGGCUUGGUUGGUGCACAUCUGUCUAUCGUCUGGAAUGCUUUUCAUUCCG